AUGCAACUCUGCUUGAAGAAACGGCUAACAUACCUCAGCGCUGUGCAUUGCCACAUGACAAAUACUCACAUCUCAGACGUUGAGAUCCUGGAGAAGCGCUACCCCAUCAUCCUACGGGAAUUUUCAGUACGUGGUAAAUCGGGUGGCCAACGCCAGUACAAGGGAGGUGAAGGCGUCAAACGAAUCAUCGAAUGCAGGGACCCAUUUACACUUCUCCAGGAUAUCAGACCGUCGAGCGACGCAACCAUAGGGCUUGAACGGCGGCGAGAAUGGAAGCUCUGGAGAAAACCUCAUCAUGCGCGCAAGCUUAAUGAUGGAAAUCAGAGAGUUCUCGGGCCCCGUGGCCUCGUGAAGUUGAAGGCUGGGGACCAAUUCAUCAUCAAAACUCCAGGAGGUGGCGAUUGGGGCAGAAGAUCGAUGAAUGGCGUCCAUAAGCCAUUUAAUGCAUUGUUAAAAGUCAAUGGUCACUGA